AUGGAGAUGGAGCUUCUUCAGAGAGGUGGUUUGGCUGCUGCUGUAUGUCUGAAGUAUUAAGCUGGGUGGCUAGUGGUCACUGCUUACGUCUUUUUACUUGGUAUGGGAUGUCAUUGUGCAACAUUGAGAUGGGGCUCAAUGUUGAAUGCUGUAUCCAAGUUUCCAGCUUUUCCAACCAGUUAUCGUCGACACUUUACAUUUAAGGUACACUUUAUAAAGGGUUUAUAAAUGGCUUAGAAACUGCUAAGUCCUAGAUAGUUUGUAAAUAUAACACAUUUGUUUUGCUCGCUAAAUGCUUCCCUGUCUCACUAAUGGUGCGGUGUGCUCCUACAGGAAGCCUCGUCCUGUCUCACUAAUGGUGCGGUGUGCUCCUACAGGAAGCCUCGUCCUGUCUCACUAAUGGUGCGGUGUGCUCCUACAGGAAGCCUCGUCCUGUCUCACUAAUGGUGCAGUGUGCUCCUACAGGAAGCCUCGUCCUGUCUCACUAAUGGUGCGUUGUGCUCCUACAGGAAGCCUCGUCCUGUCUCACUAAUGGUGCGGUGUGCUCCUACAAGAAGCCUCGUCCUGUCUCACUAAUGGUGCGGUGUGCUCCUACAGGAAGCCUCGUCCUGUCUCACUAAUGGUGCGGUGUGCUCCUACAGGAAGCCUCGUCCUGUCUCCCAGCUGGUUGCUCAGCAGGUAGCGCCACAGUUCGCCUCGCCCACGCUGCUGCCCAAGAAGGACAGGAAGGACAGAGCGGAGAGGAAUGACAAAGAGCCCACAGUGAAGAAGAACAGCCACAAGAAGAUGAGGUUAGCAUUUACAAAUAAACAACAUAACUGUUUAUCAUGAACCUGUUGCAUUUAACCUGUAUGAUGAUUAUUAUUAUUAGUAGUAGAGGUGUGAUAGUGUUUCUUAUUAGUAGUAGUAUGAUGGUGUUUCUUAUUAGUAGUAGUAUGAUGGUGUUUCUUAUUAGUAGUAGUAUGAUGGUGUUUCUUAUUAGUAGUAGUAUGAUGGUGUUUCUUAUUAGUAGUAGUAUGAUAGUGUUUCUUAUUAGUAGUAGUAUGAUGGUGUUUCUUAUUAGUAGUAGUAUGAUGGUGUUUCUUAUUAGUAGUAGUAUGAUAGUGUUUCUUAUUAGUAGUAGUAUGAUGGUGUUUCUUAUUAGUAGUAGUAUGAUGGUGUUUCUUAUUAGUAGUAGUAUGAUGGUGUUUCUUAUUAGUAGUAGUAUGAUGGUGUUUCUUAUUAGUAGUAGUAUGAUGGUGUUUCUUAUUAGUAGUAGUAUGAUGGUGUUUCUUAUUAGUAGUAGUAUGAUGGUGUUUCUUAUUAGUAGUAGUAUGAUGGUGUUUCUUAUUAGUAGUAGUAUGAUGGUGUUUCUUAUUAGUAGUAGUAUGAUGGUGUUUCUUAUUAGUAGUAGUAUGAUGGUGUUUCUUAUUAGUAGUAGUAUGAUGGUGUUUCUUAUUAGUAGUAGUAUGAUGGUGUUUCUUAUUAGUAGUAGUAUGAUGGUGUUUCUUAUUAGUAGUAGUAUGAUGGUGUUUCUUAUUAGUAGUAGUAUGAUGGUGUUUCUUAUUAGUAGUAGUAUGAUGGUGUUUCUUAUUAGUAGUAGUAUGAUGGUGUUUCUUAUUAGUAGUAGUAUGAUGGUGUUUCUUAUUAGUAGUAGUAUGAUGGUGUUUCUUAUUAGUAGUAGUAUGAUGGUGUUUCUUAUUAGUAGUAGUAUGAUGGUGUUUCUUAUUAGUAGUAGUAUGAUGGUGUUUCUUAUUAGUAGUAGUAUGAUGGUGUUUCCUAUUAGUAGUAGUAUGAUGGUGUUUCUUAUUGUAGUAGUAUGAUGGUGUUCUUAUUAGUAGUAGUAUGAUGGUGUUUCUUAUUAGUAGUAGUAUGAUGGUGUUUCUUAUUAGUAGUAGUAUGAUGGUGUUUCUUAUUAGUAGUAGUAUGAUGGUGUUUCUUAUUAGUAGUAGUAUGAUGGUGUUUCUUAUUAGUAGUAGUAUGAUGGUGUUUCUUAUUAGUAGUAGUAUGAUGGUGUUUCUUAUUAGUAGUAGUAUGAUGGUGUUUCUUAUUAGUAGUAGUAUGAUGGUGUUUCUUAUUAGUAGUAGUAUGAUGGUGUUUCUUAUUAGUAGUAGUAUGAUGGUGUUUCUUAUUAGUAGUAGUAUGAUGGUGUUUCUUAUUAGUAGUAGUAUGAUGGUGUUUCUAUUAGUAGUAGUAUGAUGGUGUUUCUUAUUAGUAGUAGUAUGAUGGUGUUUCUUAUUAGUAGUAGUAUGAUGGUGUUUCUUAUUAGUAGUAGUAUGAUGGUGUUUCUUAUUAGUAGUAGUAUGAUAGUGUUUCUUAUUAGUAGUAGUAUGAUGGUGUUUCCUAUUAGUAGUAGUACGAUAGUGUUUCUUAUUAGUAGUAGUAUGAUGGUGUUUCUUAUUAGUAGUAGUAUGAUGGUGUUUCUUAUUAGUAGUAGUAUGAUGGUUGUUUUCUUAUUAGUAGUAGUAUGAUGGUGUUUCUUAUUAGUAGUAGUAUGAUGGUGUUUCUUAUUAGUAGUAGUAUGAUGGUGUUUCUUAUUAGUAGUAGUAUGAUGGUGUUUCUUAUUAGUAGUAGUAUGAUGGUGUUUCUUAUUAGUAUGAUGUUUUUAGUAGUAGUUGAUGGUGUUUCUUAUUAGUAGUAGUAUGAUGGUGUUUCUUAUUAGUAGUAGUAUGAUGGUGUUUCUUAUUAGUAGUAGUAUGAUGGUGUUUCUUAUUAUAGUAGUGUAUGAUGGUGUUUUCUUAUUAGUAGUAGUGUGAUGGUGUUUCUUAUUAUAAGUAGUUAAUGAUGGUGUUUUCUUAUUAGUAGUAGUAUGAUGUGUUUCUUAUUAGUAGUAGUAUGAUGGUGUUGUCUUAUUAGUAGUAGUAUGAUGGGUGUUUCUUAUUAGUAGUAGUAUGAUGGUGUUUCUUAUUAGUAGUAGUAUGAUGGUGUUUCUUAUUAGUAGUAGUAUGAUGGUGUUUCUUAUUAGUAGUAGUAUGAUGGUGUUUCUUAUUAGUAGUAUGAUGUGGUGUUUUCUUAUUAGUAGUAGUGUGAUGGUGUUUCUUAUUAGUAGUAGUAUGAUGGUGUUUCUUAUUAGUAGUAGUAUGAUGGUGUUCUUAUUAGUAGUAGUAUGAUGGUGUUUCUUAUUAGUAGUAGUAUGAUGGUUGUUUUCUUAUUAGUAGUAGUAUUGAUGGUGUUUCUUAUUAGUAGUAGGUAUGAUGAUUGAUGGUGUUUCUAUUAGUAGUAGGUAUGAUGGUGUUCUUAUUAGUAGUAGUAUGAUGGUUGUUUCUUAUUAGUAGUAGUAUGAUGGUGUUUCUAUUAGUAGUAGUAUGAUAGUGUUUCUUAUUAGUAGUAGUAUGAUGGUGUUUCUUAUUAGUAGUAGUAUGAUGGUGUUUCUUAUUAGUAGUAGUAUGAUGGUGUUUCUUAUUAGUAGUAGUAUGAUGGUGUUUCUUAUUAGUAGUAGCAUGAUAGUGUUUAUUAUUAUUAGUAUGAUAAUGGGACUAUUACUAGGAUGAAUAGUGUCAAUGUAGUAAUAUCAAAGUAGUAUGAUAGUAAAAAUGUAUGUGGUUUCCACAUAUUUCAUAAGCGCUCCAGUUUGUGUGGUUUACCCCUAUCCUUCUCGCUCUCUCUGUCAAAGGUUUAUAACAUCCACCUGUCUCCUCUCCUCUGUCUCCUCUCCUCUGUCUCCUCUCCCGCCCUCAGGCCCAGAUUAAAAAACAUUGACAGGAGUAGCGCUCAGCACUUAGAGGUCACGGUUGGAGACCUGACUGUCAUCAUCACAGACUUUAAGGAGAAAACCAAACCUCCCCCCUCCUCCUCCUCCACCACCACCACACCUCCCUCCUCUACCACCCCCUCCAGCACUGUGUCUGUGUCUGCAGAACACCACAGUGGCUCCAGCUCAGACAACAACGCUGAGAGAGGGGUCUCACGGUCAUCUUCACCCCGAGGAGAGGACUUCUUAGUCGGGACAGAGUCCCACUAG